AUGGCGGCCUUCUCUCUACCCCAUGUGCUCCGUUUUUCACGGCAAGGAGCUAGUUUCUUUAUUUCAUCAUCACAACGUUUUCUCCAGCAGAAUUAUGUACCAAUUCUCCAAUGUAAAAGAAAUUUGUUUUGUCAAGAAAUUCUGGGACUGGAUGGUUUUCAACGCCAGCGUCUUAUGAUAAAUGACAGACUUGGAAACUUGAGAGAAAAAUUCAUUGACCGAAUGAAUGAAGUUGCUGAUGAGGAAAAACAACAAACCAUUUUCACAGAUGACUUGAAGACAAUUGUACAUGUAGCACAAAAUGAUGAGGAAGUUAAUUUAAUGAAAGUUAUGCUUUUAAGAUACUGCAAAGAUUCUUCAGCCCAACGGUUUAAUCAAUAUGUUUUUGGCCCAGUUAUUUUAAGACUGCUUUACACUCUGAAGAAAACUGAUUUAGCACUGGAGCUUUUUCUGAAUGAGUCUACCAAAAGCAUCUUUAACCAAAUGGCAAGUUGUACAAUCCUUUUGGAUUUGUUGUAUGAAUCAAAGAGAUAUGAAGAUGUUAUCAAUAUAUACAAAGAAAUUAACGAAAGAAAAUUAAAUGGUUACAUCUACCCUGGAGAUUGUACAACUAUUGUGAUGGCUUCUUUCUUUGCAAUGAACACACCAGAAGCUUUACAACAAUGUAAAGAAUUAAUGAUUGCUUGUAAUAAAGCCAACGCCAAUAUUUCCAACAGAGGAAUUAUCUUUGGUGCAAUGCUUGCAUUAAAUCAGAAUGACAAUGCUCUUGCUUUGGAAAUGAUUGCAACCAGAAAUGAUAAUUUUAAUUUUGUUAUAAAAAACAUUAAGGGAAUUUGUUUUGCUAGAAUGGGAAGAGUUGAAGACACAUUCCCAAUAUUACGAAGUAUUCUUCAACAUGACACACCUUACAAAAAUCGGCAAAUGAAAGUUUUUCCAAAUAUGUUGUCUGAAAUCAAGUCAGAAAUGGAAAAGGUGAAUGAUCCUAAAAUGGCACAACAACUACAAUUAAUAGAGCAAUCUUUAAAAGUCGGUGCUUUCAUCAGUGAUGUCCCACUUGAGGAUUUUGUCAGACAGACAAUUGUGAAAGUUCGUCAAACUCAGAAUAGUUUUAAAUCUCGUGAACGAUCGUUUGUAAGAGGUUUUAGAAGUCGACAACAACAAAUAAGUGAUAAUCAGAAUUGA